GAUUUCAAUGACGGCCCUACUCAAAUAGAUGUUGAGGCUACUGUUCAGUCCGGUGUAAAAGCAGUUGAGAUUAUGGUAAUUUUGCUUUUGUGUUGUUUUUUGGUUGUGUAAAGGUUGUUAUUUUUUAACCAUGCUCUAAUUCCUUUUUAAUACCAUAUAUAAACAGAUGUCUUCAGAUGGAAUUGGUGGUGAUCCUUGUAAACAGAUUUCAGUUUCUGAAAAUGUUGAGGUUACGGAUCGUCGUCUUGUUUGUUUUGAGAUGGGUGCAACAGGUCUCAAUGUUGAUUCUAACAUUGAACUUGAAGAUGACCCAAUUCCCGUUGAAGAAACUCCUCUUGUUGACAAGAGGAAAUCUAAGAAACCCAUAGCGCUGACGUCUCCGUUUAUGGAGUAUGACUCUUCCAUUUCUAGUUCUAAAGAUGGUUCUGGUUAUGGAGUUGUUAAGUAUGUGGCUGGGUUGUGUCCUCUCGAUGAUAAGAUUGGUGAAGAUGUAGAACAUAAAGACGAGAUUGAUUUUGACUUGUGGCUUGGUGAAGGACGUCGACCGAAGAAAGAUCCGUAAGUGUUUAUUUUCAGC